UAUAGAAUUCUCUCUAAUGUACAUUUUUUAAUUCCUUAGUGACAAAGACAAUGGGGAAAUUAAAGUCUUUGGAUAGACAUUUCAAAUGCAAAAUUCCAAAUGGGAAGAAAACGAAGCAAUAGUACUAUAAAAGUUGUUUGGGACAGCAAUUAGUGCAUUGAAUCAUUUAAAGCACUUCUGUCCCUUUUUUUCAAUGGUCCAAAGUCUCAACCACAAAGCAUAAAGAAGAAGGCAACCGAAAUGAGAAAUUGUGAAGGAAAAAGUUCAAUGUUCCAAGUCUUCUUUCCUUCCAUCUUAAAAUUUGUCAUCAUAGCCUGCCUAACAUUAAUUUUUCCAGCUCCAACCUUAUCCUUGCAGUCUGCAAUCAAUGUUUGGCCUAAACCGAUACUACUUUUAUGGCCAAAGCCACUUGCCACAUUCCUCUCUCCAAACUUCACCAUCAGUUCCCCCAACCACCAAUACCUCAUCCCGGCCAUCAACCGCUACCUCCGCCUUAUCCAGACAGAGCACCACAAUCCCCUUGUCACCCCUUCUGUCAACAUUUCCACCUCAUCCCCUCCUUUGCAAACUCUUACCAUCAAUAUAAUUGAUCUCACCGCCCCCCUCCAACAUGGGGUCAAUGAAACCUACGCCCUCUCCAUUUCUGAAGUAGGUGCCACCGCCUAUUUGACAGCUGCAACUACAUGGGGUGCAAUGAGGGGCCUAGAGACGUUUUCCCAGCUGGUGUGGGGUGAUCCCUCAGCUGUUCCGGUAGGCUUGUACGUCUGGGAUGCUCCCUUGUUUGCUCACAGGGGAGUCAUGUUGGAUACAUCAAGGAAUUAUUAUGGGGUGGAUGACAUAUUGAGGACUAUUGAAGCAAUGAGUGCUAACAAGCUUAAUGUGUUCCACUGGCAUAUUACUGAUUCACAUUCUUUUCCUCUAAUGGUGCCUUCGGAGCCUGAGCUUGGUGCCAAGGGAUCUUAUGGACCUGACAUGAUAUACUUUCCCUCAGAUGUGGCUAAGAUUGUUCAGUUUGGCUUGGAACAUGGGGUCAGAGUCCUACCAGAAAUCGAUUCACCAGGCCAUACGGGAUCAUGGGCAGAAGCCUACCCGGAGAUAGUGGCGUGUGCAAACAUGUUCUGGUGGCCAGCUGGAAGUCAAGGGGAUGACAGGCUUGCAUCUGAACCAGGAACUGGCCAUCUAAACCCCUUGAACCCCAAAACCUACCAAGUUCUCAAGAACGUAAUUCGUGAUGUAGCCAUGCUAUUCCCUGAACCAUUCUACCAUGGAGGAGCUGAUGAGAUAAUUCCUGGAUGUUGGAAAGCUGAUCCAACCAUUCAAACUUUCCUUUUUGACGGUGGAACUCUUAGCCAGCUCCUGGAAACCUUUGUGAACUCCACUUUGCCUUACAUUCUAUCCCUUAAUCGUACUGUAGUCUAUUGGGAGGAUGUUUUAUUAGAUGAAAAUAUCAAAAUAGACCCCUCAUUUCUUCCAAGGGAACAUACCAUUUUACAAACAUGGAACAAUGGCUCAAACAACACCAAAAAGAUCGUUGAAGCGGGAUAUCGGGCAAUUGUAUCAUCUUCAGAAUUCUAUUAUCUGGAUUGUGGCCAUGGGAAUUUUCUUGGCAAUGAUAGCCAAUAUGAUCAGCAAACAACGGCUAACUCUGGAAAUGGAGGGUCUUGGUGUGGACCAUUUAAAACGUGGCAAACUAUUUAUAACUAUGACAUAACUUAUGGUUUGAGUGAAGACGACGCCAAAUUAGUGCUAGGUGGAGAGGUGGCAUUGUGGUCAGAACAAGCUGAUCCUACAGUUGUGGAUGCGAGGAUUUGGCCAAGAACUUCAGCAAUGGCAGAGACAUUAUGGUCAGGAAACCGGGAUGAGACAGGGAAAAAGAGGUAUGCUGAGGCAACUGAUAGGUUGAAUGAAUGGAGGUAUAGAAUGGUAAGUAGAGGGAUCAAGGCUGAGCCAAUUCAGCCACUGUGGUGUGUUAAGAAUCCGGGAAUGUGCAACACGGUCAAUCCCUUUUGAUUUCAUAGAUGUUUAAUUGUUUUAACACAGACUUCAGAGACCAGUGAAAAAAGAAAUUGAUUCUGUAAUUCUCUUUCAUUUUCAACUUGUAUUUGAUGUUUCAAUUGAUUAGCAAAAGAAUUGUCCUAUAAAUUGCAUAUGUGCUAAAUUUCUUGUUAGUUCUAGCAAUAAGUAGUAAAAGGAUAAAAACAAACAUCUGUUUUUUAGGAAGAAAUCAUGCAAGAGAGUGAAACCCAAAGGCAGGAACU